AUGGAGAUUAACAUUCAUCAGACCCAGGAUAUUUUAGACCACAUGGGGUACGUGUUUGUGAGCUGUAUUUCUGGUAGGAGAUCCGGUGCAAAUGAAAUUUCCUUGGUUAACACUGGUGCAAUCACAGCGUUGCCUGCAGGAAUCGAGUUCAACUUCUCGAAGUUUAUAAUGCAUGAACUAGAUGGACCUAAAUCUACUCAUGAGGAUGAUGAUGGUGAUCUUUAUGGUGAUGUAGAAUUUUUGAAGGAAAUUGACUUCACAGGGUUCAGUGAUGAUGUCCAGACAAACACUGAGCUUGAUCUUAAUGAUGAAGAAUUUGGUCCUCUUCCAGGAUUCCUCAACAACUACCUUAAUAUAGUUAAUGAAGUUGCCUCUUUGGCAACCAAGACGAGGGAAGAAGGAAAUGCUCUCAAAAUUCUGCUCUCCAUGUCCAAUCCCAUGGAGGAUGCAUCAAGUCAAGGAGAUGUGAUGUCAGAGAUUCCUACCUCUGUGUCAACUAUCUCAACAUCUGCUCCAAUUAUUCCUGAUUCAGCUUAG